UCCAGAUUGCUCCAGCCAGCCAGGCAGCUAGGUCGCAAGUGACAAGGAUAAGACAGCGGCCCUCGGAAAGAGUUCUUAUCCUGAAGCCGGUAGAGAGGCCAUCUCCCUGGCUCUGGGUCGCAGUCCUCAGGAUGGAGCAGGCAAUGUUGAAGACACUGGUUAUGUUGGUGCUGGGCAUGCAGUACUGGUGUGCCUCAGGUUUCCCGGUGUACGACUACGACCCUUCCUCUCUGCAGGAAGCUCUCAGUGCCUCUGUAGCAAAGGUGAACUCGCAGUCCUUGAGUCCUUACCUGUUUCGGGCGACCCGGAGCUCCUUGAAGAGAGUCAACGUCUUGGAUGAAGACACACUGGUCAUGAACUUAGAGUUCAGUGUUCAGGAAACGACAUGCCUGAGAGAUUCUGGUGAUUCCUCCACCUGUGCCUUCCAAAGGGGCUACUCUGUGCCAACAGCUGCUUGCAGGAGCACUGUGCAGAUGUCCAAGGGACAGGUGAAGGAUGUGUGGGCUCACUGCCGCUGGGCGUCCACAUCCGAGUCCAACAGCAGUGAGGAGAUGAUUUUUGGGGACAUGGCGAGAUCCCACAGACGAAGAAAUGAUUAUCUACUUGGUUUUCUUUCUGAUGAAUCCAAAAGUGAACAAUUCCAUGACCGGUCGCUUGAGACCAUGAGGAGGGGACAUCCUCCUGCCCAUAGAAGGUUCCUGAAUCUCCAUCGCAGAGCAAGAAUAAAUUCUGGCUUUGAGUGACAUCCUGCAGAUUCCAUGAAAGAAAAAGAAGCAGAAGCUGAAAUGAAGAAGGACAUGGAGAAUCAUGUCUUUUUCCUUUUGAUAAGCUCCACUGUGCAAUAAAGGUCUUCCCCUUCGAGUA